CCGGGAUCCCAUCAGCCUUCCCUUCAAAGCAGAGAACAAGCACUUGGAUCCCCCCAAGACCACAAGAGUCUCUGGCGGCUAGUCUGCAGCAACCAAGUGAAUCGAGUCCUACGGCUCAAGGUCCUUGUUGGGCACCGCCUGCCUGCAUCGGUGGCUCUACAUCACCUUGGUACAUGGCUGGCAAUAUGGACUACUCUGAUCCACAAGUAUGGGGAGUGGAUUCUCACCCACCUGGUGGUUACCUUAGUUACUUUCAGAACACGGCAGGCCCCACACAACCUAUGCACAAUGGGAGUUCACCGCAACCAGUCAAUGCUGGCGAUGACACAAAUGGUGGUGAUUGUGGAAGGACCGAAAAACGCUUGCUAUGGACAAAACAAGAAGAUCUUCGAUUGGUCAGUGCUUGGUUGAAUAAUUCCAAUGACCCAAUCCAAUCAAACUACAGGAAGAAUGAACAAUAUUGGAAAGAUGUUACUGCUGUCUACAAUAGUACCACCCCAAAAAACAGGGAACGACUAGUCAAGCAAGUGAAAGAUCGCUUUGGGAGAAUUAAGAAAAGGGUUGCAUGGUUUUGCGCGAGUUAUAAGGAGGCUAGUGCUUUGUAUGCUAGUGGUGAAUCUGAUGCAGAUUUAAAGAAGAGGGCAAUGCAAACUUAUGAGGAAGAUCACAAAAAAGAUGGUCCGUUUAUGUUUGAGCAUUGCUGGGAGAUUCUUAAAAAGGAACCAAAAUGGGACGCGUAUUUGGAACGCCUAGAAGGUCUGGAGCCGGACAAGAGGAAGUUUAGUGUUGAUGAUGAAGUAGGGAAGCAUUCCACUAUAGAUGAUGAUGAUGAUGAUGAAGAUGAACGUCCACCGGGUGGCAAGCAAGCUAAGGAGAAGCAGAAACGAAAAAGAAAGGAUGAAGUUUGUAUAAUAGAUCUUGAAGAUGGGCUUCAAAAGUUUGUAGAUGCCCAGAAUGCAGCAAAUGAAGGCCGCAAAGAGAUGUUAGAGACCCAAAGGCGUGUUUCUGCUGAGAAUCUUGAAGCACGGAAGCUUGCUCACCUUGUGGCAAAAGAUCACAAAGAGUCGGUCAUGCUAGAAACAUAUCGCUCAUUGGUGAUGCAAGACACAACCGGGAUGCCUGAAGAUGUGAGAUCUGAGCAUGUGUUGGCAUUGAAGUGUUUAAGGGAGAAGCUAUUUGGCAAAAUGGUCUAAGGAGUGAGCUGUGAUGUGGUGAUUGCGGCAGCUGUUAUUUAUAGUGGUUGAAGGUUAUUGAUGCAAAUGAGUGGUUGCUCCUUUCCAGCGAAGUACCCUCCAUGCUUUAUGACUUUUGUCAUCGUCCAGAUCAAAACUAUGAUUGUUGCUUGUGGUCGUGAAUGGCUUGUUUGCCGGAGAUGUUAUCUAUUAUGUUUGCUGAAUGCUUUCUUAAAGACUUAUGUAAUCUUAAGUAAUUACUCAUGAUGCUAUGGAGUAGUAUGAUGCUGUGUGACAUGUUUGGAGUACUAUGAUGCUGUAUGACAUAUGUUUGUUGCCUAAAUGCCAGUCAGUCUUCCUA